AACCUUUAUUCUCAUGCAAUCAUUUUAUAAGACACAAAGCAAAUAUAUUUGAUGAGUUGGUUCCUCAUAUAAGGUGGAGGUGAGCUGAAUUUUCAACAAGAAAACACUUGAUCCUAUUUUGUUAGAAUGCACUCUUUUACUUUUACUCCUGCUCAUGGUUACCACACGCAAGAGCCCUUCUGGGCAUCGAGCUCGUAUGGUAAGUUCUGCCUGACAGCAGUGCAAAUGCUCCCUGUCAGUAUCAGGAAAACUGAAGUUCUUCCAAAAUACAAGUGCUAGGAGAUAGCAUUGUGUCGGCUGGACAGACGGCCACACCAGCUGAGUGGGAAACAGAAAGUUCUCUGAAUGGAGCCCUGAAAUUUAACAGUGCUGUAAUUUACACCAAGUCCAAAGCGUGUGAUUUGGAAGCAGACAGAUAGGAGCGACAGCGGCAGGGAGCCUUUCUUUACAUGAAGACUUGACUGGAGAUGGACAGCAUCAGUCCAAGCACUGCUUUGAACACGAAGCAACGAUCCCCAGGAUGCCUGGAGGUGAGGGAGCAGUUUAAUCCCAUUCCUUCCCGGGUUAGCCUCUUUGCAGAGGCAGCCAAUCAGGGCGCAAUCUGUUGCUAAUUCUGGUUACAGAUAUCUGUCUGCUAGACACCGCACUCCCCCCCUGCAGCUCUGCAUUGGUGGCAAUGCUGAGGUCUGGUUUGUAUGGUGUACGCUUGCAAGGCUGUGAGCAUCCACUACACAGACCCUGUUACUCAUACUUCUGCGUGACUCUAAAUUAACACUUUCUUCUAAUUAAAAAAAUGUCUCACACACUGCCUCGACUCACUGCAGAAUGCUCGUUUCCUUCUCUGCAGACGUGGACCCUAGACAACUGCUGAAGCUCCUCACGUACAUCAGGUUCACUUCAAGAUGCUGUUGAAACAUUGAGUCAUGGAAUCACAGAAGGUUGGAAAAGACCACUAAGACCAUGCUGACCAAUUGUCUGCUCACCACCACCAUGCCCACUAACUCACGUCCCUCAGUGUGACAUCUACAUCUUGCAAACCUCCAGGAACAGUGACUCCACCACCUCCCUGGGCAGCCUGUUCCAACAUCUCACCACUCUUUUGGAGAAGAAAUUUUUCCUCAUAUCUAACCUGAACUGAUGCAACUUAAAGCCAUUCCCUCUCAUCCUAUCACUUGUUACCUUAAGAAAAGGCUGACCCCCACUUGGCCACAACCUUCCUUCAGGAAGUUGUAGAGAGUGAUGAGGUCUCCCCUGACCCUCCUCCAGACUAAACAAUCCCAGCCCUCUCAGCCACUCCUCGUGCCCCAGACCCCUCUCACCAGUUUUACUGCCCUUCUCUAGACACACUCCAGAGCCUCGGUGUCUUUGUUGUUGUGAUGGGCCCAAAUAGAGUACUGUGCACAGUGCUCUAGUUGCUGCCUUACAAGUGCUAAGUGAAGAAAUGGAGUAUCCCACUGGGCUGACUGGUAGGUCUUCCCUCCCUGGAUCUCUGUGCUAAUCCAUAGCAUUUGAAAAAGAGUUGCAGAACAACUAUGGCAACGCAGAAACUCAGUGUGCACGCGUCACUCCUCCUAGCCUAAUGUCUAGAUGCCUUCCAUGAGAGAUACGUGCUUGGCAGGUCUCUAUCAAGCCGCAGUUGCUCCACUCGCGGGCCCCGUGCCCGCUGCACCUCCCAGAUGCGGAGUGUCCCCGAUCCGUGCCGGCAGCCCCUCUCCGCACCGCCGCCCGCAGCCCGGCUGUGUGCCGCGCCGCCCGAGCAAAUCGCAUUGUCAGAUGCGCCCUGAUGUCAGCGCGCUAAGCCCGAGCCCCAAUCUGCUCCCGGGGAUGCUGAUCGGCUUACGGGCCAGGAGUUUGCCCGCCGCCCUGCCCGCACCCCAGACCGGCCUCUCCUCGCCGGGCCAGCGAGCGGGGUGCCGGCAGCGGCAUGUCCCGGUCCGGGGACGGCCGGGGGGCAGGCGGCGGGACGUCCUCGCUCGGCCGUCGGGACGCCUAGAGAGCGGCGGCGGCAGGCGGCAUGGUGCUGCUGUCGGGGGCCGGGGAGCAGCUGGCCGGGGAGCGGGUCUGCCCCGCGCCGGGAGCCGGCAAGGAACUGCCCGAGGCGGAGAGCGGCUCCGAACAGGAGGCGGACGGGGCUGCCGCCGAGGGGCACGGCGAUGAGGAGCAGGAGGAGGAGGAGGAGGAAGACUGCGAGGAGUAUGAAGACUUCUCCGAGCUGCCCGACACCUGCAGCAUCGCCUCGGACGACUCCUUCUACCCGCCGGGGGGGCUGGGGGACGAGACGGAGGACAGCUGGUCCCUGGAGCAGGAGGACCGCGACAGCCCCGAGGGGCUGAGCCUCUUCCGAGCGUGCUGCACCAACAACGCCGUGGUGCUGCGGGCGCUCAUCCGGCAGGGCCCCGAGGAGGAGGAGGUGCGGGAGACCGACCGCAACCGCAGGAAUGGUCUCAUCGUUGCCUGUUACCAAGGAUAUGUGGAUAUUGUCAUAGCCUUAUCACAGUGUCCUCAUCUUGAUGUGAACUGGCAGGACAAUGAAGGGAACACGGCCCUGAUCACAGCUGCACAGGCAGGGCAUAUAACCAUUACAAACUAUUUGUUGAACUAUUUCCCUGGGCUUGACAUUGAGAAGAGGAAUGUGUUUGGAUUUACAGCACUGAUGAAAUCUGCGAUGCAGGGACGAACGGAAUGCGUGAAAGCUUUGAUGAUGGCAGGGGCAAAUGUUCACACAACAGACCCAAGCCGUGGACUGACUUCAUGGGAAUGGGCUUGUUAUACAGGAAGGUCAGAAUCUGCUUUCAUCAUGCAAAGGCUGAUGGAUAAACCAUGCCCUGAACAGUUUUGUGAUCAGUAUGAACCAGAAUGGCCAAAGAUGAAGGAACUCCUUGCCAAGGCUGCAGAACCAAAAACCUGUUUGCAGAGGAUUUCUGAGUGUGUGAGGUCAGUUGUCUCGUUCCGGGCUUUCCAUGGCCCAGAAGAGGAUGGGGUCCUUGAUCACAUGGUGAAGGUGACAACAAGCUUAGGCAGUCCUUUCAUUGCUCUGUCAUGUAGGACUGUGUGUCCAGGAAGCCCACCUUCUGUGGGAAAACGCAGACUGGCUGUGCAAGAAAUCCUUAGGAAGCAGAGAGCCGAGGAGAUCCGAUCUCAGGACAAAGACCACGUUAGCAGCUAUGAGAAAUUAUUUCAGAACUCCAAAGUCACAGUAAUCCCCAAAAAGAAGGACCGUCGAGCAAGUCUGCAGCCCGUCAGCCUUGCAGUGUCUCAAGUGAGCACCAUAGCCACCAGGAAAACAAGCCUCUUGCCACUCCACCUGCUAAGAAGAAGUAGCGUGAGGCCAGGAUUUGUCAUCCCCAAAGUCCGUGUCAGCAAAGCUCCUCCUCCCACCUUUCAACCGGAAAAGGCAAGGAGGAGGAGCAGCGCUAAAGAUGACCCCUACUUGCAGAUUCCUAAGUGGAGAUACAAGGAGUUAAAAGAGGAGCGGAAGAAGGCAGAGGAACAGGAGAAGAAAAGAGUAGCAGAGGCUCAAAGACAGAGGCAGGUGUCUCCUGCCAGAAGCAGAACCUGAUUUACUGGCAGUUACUUGGAAGAUUUUAGAGCCAUUAGUCUUGUUAUCUGAGCAAGAUAACCAACUGCGUGCUGUCAUGCAUGCCUGCUGUUGAUGGAGCUGGAAUACUGUACAGCGGCCUUUGUGGUGCAGAAACAUGGCAAGGGCUAUAGCACAAUGUGUCUGAUUAUGGAAGGUGAAGUUAUUUUUGGAUGGAAGAUAAAAAAAAAAAGUUCACCUGUAUGCCGUUGAUAUGAAGUUCAAGUGUUAUUUUUUUUCUUAUUUCCAGUUCCAGGUGAAUGACUGCACAACUCCUUGAAAAACAAUGUGUGUGAAAGGAUCAUAUUUUGUGUUUGUUCAUUUUUUAAUGGGCACGAUUAAGGAGUUGUACUUUUGACACUAGAUAUGAUUUCCUCUUCUUGUAUAGGUAGGCAUAGUACAAGGUUUUAUAGAAAUAAUGAAAAGUGUAAAAUACAUCACAGCCUCAAUGGGCAGUGAAAAUCUAAGUCUACUCUUUUUUUUAAUGUAUGAAGCACUUUAUGGCAUAUUAAUUCUAAUAAUCAAAGAUUAGUGCAAGGUAGAUAUUGAACUGUACAGCUCUAUAUGGUCUGUGUGGAUACAUUCCUUAAUAUUUUUGUUCUGUAUUGAAUAUAAAGAGGGCUGCAUAUGAAAUAUUUCUGUAGCUGAGAUACUCACAUCAUCUACAGAUAUAAAUCAGGGAUAAUGACUGGUUUCUUUGGAGCAACAGAGAAGUUAAACUAAUUUUUGUAUGACACAGUCACCUCUAACAUUUGCCUCCCCCAUUAUGUUUCCCUGUAUUCUCUAUCUGUUGUCUCUUCUUUAGUCUCAGGGAUUUUUUUUGUCUUGGAAUUUAACUGUGAAAUAAUGGAGAUGGUGAAUCUCAGGUGGGUUUAGAUUUGUCUUUUUCCCUUGAUAUUUAAAUUCCUGCUAAUAAAUAAAUAAAUAACCA